AUGCUCAAGCACGAUACAGGCGCAGUGCUCGACGCGAUCCGAAGCACCACUGCAGCCGCAGAGGCUGGUGCGGCGGUUUAUGCCAGCUCGGCCACGAGCAAUGUUGUUGUGUGCCCAAGCAGCACUGCCACCGCUGGCGUGAUCUCUGGUCAGCACAACGGCAGCAUCUCCCGCACUCUCGUCAGCACAGACGCGCAAACCACACUAAAGGGCUCGGACAUCCAUGCAGCCGCGAGUAGUGCGACUGCUGAGAUGCUGCUCCGGCAGGAGUUGGAAGAGAAGUUGCGGUCACAGACCAAGGAGCUCGCUUCUGAGCAGCGCUCUGCGAGCGCUGUGAAGAAGGCGCUCGCAUCGGCGCGGGCUGAGCUUGCUGCGGCACAAGAGCGUAGGCGUUCCGACCGCGACAACCUGAGGACAGCGCAGCAGGCUGCUAAACGCGACAUCAAAGCGGCCGAGCGGAUGGCCGACGAGGCCGAGCUGCGCGAGCAGCUCGACGCGCUGCAGAUUUCGAUGGAGGCAGAGGCGAGGCGCGCUGAUGCCGCAGAGGCGGAGAGGUCAAGGCUGUACGACAAGAUGGAUGGGAUUAUAUGCGCACGCGACAGAGGUUGA